AUGCCCCUACGUGACAAACUUUCGGAGUUGUUUUCCCGCUGGACUCCUGGUCAAGCCUCUUCUCCUCCGCAGCCUGCAGCCAAUUCUCCACCAUCAGAUGCAAGCUCCGAUCAGUCGUCCGGGGGGAAUGCCCUUUCGCCGAUAGAGACUUCGACUGCGCCGUUGAAAGCAUUGCUUCAGUUCUCGCAGUCCCCUUCUAGCUAUGCCGAAGAAUUCUACACCACCAAUAGACCCCGACCUGUACGUUCACUAAUACGCCAGACCAUUCCACGACCCGGAUUAGGAAUGCGUCGUUUGCAUGGGGACGAAAAGUCAAUGGUCACCAAAGAGCGCGAUGCCUCUUCUCUGGCGGACGAGCAGAGACUCUUCCCUUCCUAUAAGCAGAACAGUCCCGGCGGGGUAACGAUAAAGCCAGGCCAAACAACCGUGAAACCCAAGAAACUCCAGGGCUUUGGGAGUUUGAAACCGGUGGACACUCUUUCGGGCAGAGCCCGAGAUAGCGGCCCCGUCCGCGCUCAGAGGAAACAAAGUUAUCGAGGGAAUAAGUCGCCCGGCUUCGGAACGAGAACAUUUCAAUCGGAUGGGAUUACGGAUUUUGACAGCCCGGAGAGACCGCUCAAGCGACGACGUCGAGAUAGCCUGGGUGCGCCGCUCGGGAAAACGAUUAGUAUCUCCGAUGACGAUAUAAUGGAACAAGCGGCACCGGACACUUCGUCGCUCGCUGGAAGUUCGGCACGUCGGUCCUCGGUGUCCAGCCAAACGACCGGAAAAGGGAAGAGAGGAAUGAAGGGAAUCAUAGUCGACGAGUUUCGCGAAGUGGAACGAAAUGUGAGAAUUCCUCGGGAGUCGCCUAGCAAGAAACACCAUCGCUGGUGGGUCGACGAUGACCGGGAGGAACAAUUCACGGAAAAUGCCGCCAAGGAAAGACGUCUGUCGGCAUCAAAGCCGACGGUCGAACCUGGAUUUGAAAAAUCGCGAAAUCCUAGGCAUGAAGUUCUAGAGAGCGUCGAGAUCCACGGACUCAAUGGCACUUCAGAAAAUUCGACCUCGAAAGAUCAUCCCCCUGAGCCCAGACCGUAUCGCGCAUUCGACCUCCGAGAAAGUCCCGAUGAGCUGCAGGGCGAAGCAACGGUUCGACCAGCCCCGACAAUGAUAAAUCGAGCUAUGCAACUCCCGAAUGACGAUUCGGAGGUGGAAGAGCAACCGACCUCAAGCGGUCGACAGCAAUUAUCCCCACAUGAUAUCCGACCGACAAGCUUCAUAAGCGCAUCAUCUACCAACAAGAAGAAGCCCAAUAAAAAGCCCAAACAAAAGAAGAACCACAGCAUCUACCAAACCUUUAAGAUAACCUACCUCCGCGUGGGAAGUUUGGAGCAGCACGUUCCCAAGGGUGAAACCAAGGACCUGGUCUUUGACCUGGAAAAUGACGUAAUUUCCUAUCCUGGACGUGCGAACACUCAAGUUCCGGUCGCCUUGGACCGAGUCAUCAAGGUUGAGCAAAGUAAAAGUGCUAGCCGGAAGAUGCGUUUUGGUUUGACGAGAACGAAAGGGACCGGCGAUCAAAUGGAUAUAGAGCUAUUGUUGCCCGAGGCGAAACGGGAAGUGUGCGCUUUAUUCAACAAGCAUGGAGUCAAAAUUGUGUCAAGAGAUGAUGAGUAUAUGGAGAAAGUGUUUACCCGCAAAAACAAGAGGCUAUCAGAUCAACAGCCUCAGGAGCCCAGUACCAUGCCGGAGAGUGGCGCAAAAAAGGCAUCGCCAGAGCCAGUAACGAAGCCUACAGUUCCCAAGAGAAUGAAGCUGUCGGAUUCGCUGCAAGAUGAGCAUGGGAAUGUUGUCGGACAGAAACAUGCAGAGACCGCCUCUUCGCCUCCCAAGAAUGCCAUUCCUCAGGAAUGUACCUCCAACACCCAACCCGCCGAAGUCACAGAACCCUCAAUCCCUGAUAGCUCACUAUUUUCGCCAUCUACGCGAGCAACACGCUCCAUGUUGCGCCGCGCGCCACCACCCACUGUUGUUUGCGACGAUGAGAACGAGGAAGACACCCCUCAGCCGAUAUUGAAGGGGAAACAGAAACGGUGGAACAAGCCCCUGAUCUACCCUCGGUUUGGGAAAAAGAAAGCCGAAGUCAAUGCCCAGGACGUGGAGCGACUCAGUGACAACGAAUUCUUGAACGACAACCUCAUCGGAUUCUACAUACGGUUCUUGCAGGACCAUCUUGAGCGUUGCAACAAGGAGGCGGCGAAGAGGGUCUACUUCUUCAAUUCGUAUUUCUUCGCCACUCUUACGAACUCGCCCAAGGGCAGGAGAGCCAUCAACUAUGAAGGUGUUCAGAAAUGGACCAGGAAUGUGGACAUUUUCAGCCACGACUAUAUCGUGGUGCCUAUCAAUGAAAAUGCCCACUGGUACGUGGCCAUCAUAUGUAACCUACCGUAUCUGCCCGGUGUUUCCAAAGACGCCGCACAAGAUCAACCCUCCGAUGGUGAUGUGUCUGCUCAGCCAGAUCGCGAGGUCCAGGAGGUCCAGGAAACGCCGGAGCCUGGCGAAAUUAACAAUGCACAAUCUGGCAAAGAGGAGGUGACACGACAGUCGCUAGCAUCGAUGAACCUAUCGGACGAAGAGGGUUCCAAAGAGCCAGGUUCGCAGGUGCCUACAGAAUCGGGCUCAAUAGAGGCCAACUCUGAGUCCCAGACGCAGGCCCAGACAUCCACAGGCGAUUCAAAAGGCUCCGGCUCGAAAUCAACAGACACCCCGCGAAAGUCACGAAAGCAGAAGAAGCCCGCAGGACCCAAGCAUGAUAUUCGCCAACCGAUUAUCAUUACAUUUGAUUCGCUAAACCUCGCUCGCUCGCCUACAAUCAGCAUCCUCCGCGAUUAUCUUCAUGCAGAAGCCAAGUCGAAACGUGAUGUUGAGAUAGACAAGACUAUGAUCAAGGGUAUGCGUGCUCAGGAGAUCCCCUUGCAAUCUAACUAUUCCGACUGCGGGUUAUAUCUUCUAGCGUACCUGGAAAAGUUCGUGCAAGACCCCGACCAGUUCGUCUGGAAGUUGCUGCGGAGGGAAAUGUCUACCGAAGAGGAUUGGCCCGAAGUGCGAUCAGGCCAGCUCCGAACUCGGCUACGGAAAUUCCUGGACCGGCUUUAUGACGAGCAGGCACAGCUCAGCCCUGAGAAUGCCAGCGAGCAAAAGGUCAUGGCGGACAUGCAGCCUGUUUCGUAUCUUCUCACGUCUCCCACCAUCCGGUGGUUCUCGAACCCUGUCAACUUGAGUGAACGGUUACCAGAAGAAAGCAAGGGCGUGCCGAACGAGCCGGCGCCCGAGAAGUCCGGUGGUAGUAAAGAGGAACUACGGCCCAGUGUUCAAGAAUCGGCCACCAACGGGGAAGAUCCACAAAGUGCGGCGCCGGAGCCUAGUGCUGUCGACAAGCCCAAACAUUCCGAGAAAGCGGGCGACAUCAUCGAGGUCCCCGAUAGCCAAGAGCCUGUCCAGAUGAUCCCUGCGUCGCCGGUGCGAAAGACAGUCCGCAAGAAAGAGAAGGAAAAGCAGGCGCAACCCGACCAUGCAGAGGUCGUGGAUGUGACCCCGAAGAAACAGGGUGCCAUUCCGGAAGACGGCACGAAAGCCUCGCAGCCGAAGGCUUCGGAGGCUGAAUCUUCCGUCAAAGAACAUCCGUUCGAGGUAGAGAUCCAGGUGAAAAGAACGCCUCCGCCAUCGACCAGCGGCGAGUCCCCGAAGAAGAGUCCAAGAGCUGGCAAACGCAAGCACAAGUCGACGAAGGGGAUGUAA